AUGGACGAGGUCUACACCGUAUUGACGGACCGUGCUCGCGAACUACACCAGAAGUCGAUGCUGGGAAAGCCAGACCAACCCGCGCGUAUUCUUAUCGCGCUGGCUGGCCCUUCAAGGUCAGGAAAAUCUACGGUGGGUGUAGAAGUGGUGCACUUCUUGAAUAAAGAGUCGCUCACAGCGCCCUAUGCGGCGGUUCUUCCCAUGGAUGGGUUCCAGUUGACCCGUGCGACACUGGAUUCGAUACCAAACAGCAGAGAGGCGCACGCCAGAAGAGGCAUUCACUAG